GACAUUGCGUCCGAGAUACAUAGUACAUCAGUAGUUUAACAUGGAACACCUAGCAGUUCCUGCGCCAUCGCCUUAAUCCUGUAGGAUGCAUCAGAUAUGACGAAAUUCGAGCACACAAUCCUCAAUGAUCGACCAGAAGAUCCCCAUGAUUGCCCAGACCGGUUGUGAUGCGUUGUCUCCAAUUCGCAACCCAUGGUACGUCAAAGCUUGAGAAAGCUUGACCUGGACUUGAUCCAGCCGACUGACUCUAUGGAGAGAGUACGCGGCUGGAAUGCCUUUGUGCAACCGGCCCCUUACCUGAGACAAACUUAUGUAUAUAAAUCAAUGACCACCCACAUUCCAGUCGGUCUUUAUCUCUUUCAGUGCAGUACAUCAUGAGCAGUUCAGACUCGACGGAUUUUGUCAAACCGGAACCAUCCUGCGCUGAAGCGGUCCUUUCCGAGCACGAGCUCGAAUUCACCCCAGAUGGUCAGUUGGUACGCUGGCGACGAGAUAACAAACGUCACCCUCGCAAUUGGCCGUUGCCUCGCCGGGUCUAUGAUAUUUCGAUCAUCUUCUUUCUGGAUCUCUUCCUAACUGCUUCGAGUACGGCAGGAUCCUCGGCCGCUUCAGUAGCCCGUCAUGAAUAUCACAUGGGUCAGACUCUGUCGACCUUUUGCUUCGUCACAGUCUUUCUUCUUGGGCAGGUGGUCGGAUCCAUCGUUCUUUCUCCCUGGUCUGAGACUUUUGGCCGCAAGAAGUUGUAUAUUAUCAGCUCCGCACUGAGUUGUAUCUGCUGUGUUAUCGUCGGUGUCGUUCCCCAUAUAGCAGCUGUCAUUGUGGCCCGUGUUGCUGCGGGCUUGCUCUCCGCCAUUCCGUACACCGUGGCCAGCGGAAGCACAGAAGACCUGUUCAAUUCGCGUGAACGUAUUUGGGUCAUCUUCGGCUGGACCGUUGCCUCGAAUUGCGGAUUGAUUAUUGGGCCCAUUAUGGGUACACAUAUCAUUGCUGGAUUGGGCUGGCGUUGGAUCUUUUACAUCUUUGCCAUCAUGAUCGCCGCCCUCACUGGCCUCCUCUGCCUCAUCCGAGAAUCUCGACCCUCAUAUCUCCUUUCCUACAAAGUUGCAGCCAUCUCCCGUGAAACGGGACACAAGCUCCAGCCGUUGAACCAUGACCAUGCCCCAGAUUUCCAGACCUUCGCCAAAGACGCGCUCUUCCGACCUGCCCAGCUCUUUUUCACAGAACCUGUUGUUUUCGUUGUUGCUCUCAUGACUGCCGUGGCCUUUGGUCUGUUGUAUAUCUUCACUGAGGCCAUUGAAAUUAUUUAUGAGUCCAUGGGGUUCUCUAGCACUCAGGCUUCGUUAGCGUUCCUUGCUAUUGCCGUAGGUGUCUGCUUCAGUACUCUCACUCGUUGGCUAGAUGAGUAUAUCUUUGAGAUGCGACACCGUCAGGGCCGGCCCGUUAAACCCGAGGACAAGCUGGUCGGCCUCGCUCUCGGGGCGGCUGCUUUUGCCGGUGGGCUCUGGUGGCUGGCCUGGACCAUCCCGCCCAAGGUUCACGAUGUUCACUGGAUUGUUCCCACGAUUGCUCUGGCGUUUAUCGGAUACGCUCUCAAUGAGUUCGACACAGUACUGCAGGGCUACUUGGCAGAUAGUUACCUGAGUUACUCGGCCAGUGGGACAGCUGCAGUGCAGUUCCUACGGGCAUUGCUCUCCGGCGUGUUUCCACUGUUCACGCCCCAGAUGUUCCAUAAUUUGGGAUCCAACAUUGCCGUUUCCAUCCUUGCCAUCGUGGCCACUUUGUUCUGCGCUGUUCCUCCGCUGUUCAUCUUCUAUGGCGAGAGAAUUCGGGCGCGCAGCAAGUUCGCGCGAUAUAGUCUCGUCGUCGAGGCUGAGCUUGGGAAGGAUGCGGGUGAACUAUGAUUUGUACGAAUGCAUGUUCAUAGAAGUGAUUUCAUUUCCGGUUGUACAUAUUCUGCGAAUGAUUAUUAUUGCCAAAUGA